AUGGCAUAUUCUCAAAGAGGCGGUAGAGGUGGCUUUAGAAAUGGUAAGUUGAACAAAGCAAGAGUGCACAAGCAAAGUGCUUUAAUGUGUUUCUGCGGUUCUCGAGGAGGCCGUGGUGGAAGAGGUGGAUUUAGAGGAGGCCGUGGUGGAGGCCGUGGAGGAUUCAGAGGAGGAUUCAGAGGUGGCCGUGGAGGCCGUGGAGGGUCAAGAGGUGGAAGAGGUGGAAGAGGUGGAGCCCCAAGAGGAGGAGCAAGAGGAGGAGCCAAAGUUGUGAUAGAACCUCACAGACAUCAGGGUGUCUAUAUUGCAAGAGGCAAGGAAGAUUUGUUGGUGACAAAGAACUUGGUUCCAGGUGAGUCCGUGUACGGAGAGAAGAGAAUCAGUGUUGAGGAGCCUUCAAAGGACCCAAGCACCCCACCAACAAAGAUUGAAUACAGAGUUUGGAAUCCUUUCAGAUCGAAGUUGGCUGCCGGUAUCAUGGGAGGUUUAGAUGACAUUUUCAUGGGACCAGGAAAGAAGGUGCUUUAUCUUGGUGCUGCUUCUGGUACCACUGUUUCGCACGUUUCUGAUUUGGUCGGACCAGAGGGUAUUGUCUAUGCUGUGGAGUUUGCCCACAGACCAGGAAGAGAGUUGAUUGCUUUGGCCAAGAAGAGACCAAACAUCAUUCCUAUAAUAGAGGAUGCUAGACACCCACAAAAGUACAGAAUGUUGGUGAGUAUGGUGGACUGUGUCUUUGCUGAUGUUGCCCAACCAGAUCAGGCCAGAAUUAUCGCUUUGAACUCACAUCUUUUCCUUAAAGAUGGUGGUGGUGUGGUUAUCUCUAUCAAGGCCAACUGUAUCGACUCCACUGUCGAUGCCGAGACCGUUUUUGCCCGUGAGGUGCAGAAAAUGAGAGAGGAAAGAAUCAAGCCUCUUGAGCAAUUGACCUUGGAGCCUUAUGAGAGAGAUCACUGUAUUGUUGUUGGAAAGUACAUGAGAGGUGGAAUCUAA